AUGGAAGAAGAGAAAAAUUUGUACGUCGUAUUGGGAGUGGCACGUGAGGCUUCCCUGGAGGAAAUCCUCGCUGCCUAUCAACGGCUAGCACCAAUGUGUCGGGAAGAUUCGGAAAACUAUGAUCCGACGGAUUUCCCGAUCCAGGGUCUGGAGCAGCAAGAGUAUUGGGAGCUGCUGAACCACGCAUACCGCACGCUGAUCAUUCCGGAGAUGCGUGCCCGGUACGAUGCUGGCUACCCUAGCGAGGAACUGCCUGCCCCGGUACGCUCCCGCGCUGAAUCAUUGGCCCUGGGCAGUUCGGCUGCCAUCCAGCCACCCCCUUUGAUCGUGCCCGCGUCGGAGCAGGUACGGCCACACUCCAUCGUGCUACAAUGUCCGGUCCAGCUGGAAGAGCUGUUCUACGGGACGCGGAAGGAUGUCAGCUAUCAACGGCUGGUAAACAUUGCCGGCCAGUCGGAGCUCAUCUAUCAGACGACGUCGGUCAAUAUCACACCGUACAUGCGCGAUGGCGAACAGAUCAUACUGCGUGGGCUCGGCAACCAGAUUGGAGCGGCGCAGGGUGACCUGCUGGUUGUGCUGCGCCAAUUCGUACACCCGUCGUUCAGCGCCAAGGGCAACGAUCUUGUCUGCAACUGUCACAUACCGCUAUCGGUUGCUGUGCUGGGCGGCAUAGUCGUCUUCAGGGGCAUCGACAACAAGACAUUUCGGCUGAUGUUGGACGAACCGUACCCGCUGCUUCCGCCACUAGUGAAGGUGAUCGAGGGGGAGGGUAUGAAGACGCGCCACGGGCGUGGAAAGCUGGUGGUGAAGUUUUACGUCCAGUUUCUACCAGUGCCAACCCGUCUGCGGGAUGAAACCGCCAACCUGCUGCGUCAGAUCGAGGGCGCAUUCAAGCGCGCAGAGGACGCCUAUAACUAG